AUGUCUUCUCCUGGUGGCUCGCCCGCAAUGCCUCCACCGCCUAUACCCCUGCGUAACCCGUCGACAGCCAGGAGCUCGGUCCUUCGAGCACCUUUGGGGGGGUUAGAUUCUGUUGGCUUGGGCCAGCCACCUGCUUCAGCAUCCGCCACCUACAGCCGCACCUCUUCCGGCACACCCCAUCCCUCAGCAGGCUUGGUCAGGCCCCAGUCUUCUGCGAGUCAGCAGACUACCACGUCUCACUAUCGAAGUCGGUCUGUUGCGAGUUCUUCUUAUCCCUCUCGACUACGCGGGAAUGCCAGUACGACCUCAGGAAGAAAGUCCCGAGCGACUUCGUCCGUUUGGGGAUCUGACGGCCAUGUGGUUAUUUGUGCCGUCAGCGAGGCCCGUGGGGUGUCUCCGUCUGUUGGGCUUGCGUUCGUGAACAUCACUACGAACGAGGCAAUUCUCAGCCAGAUAUGCGAUUCGCAAUUCUAUGUCAAGACACUUCACAAAAUACAGGUGCACGAGCCUUCUGCCAUCUUGCUAGUCAGUACUGCCUUUCACCCAAAGUCCAACCUGCUAUCCGUCAUCGAGGAAGAGCUUCACGGGGUACCCAUUGAACCACUGGAUCGUAAGUACUGGUCCGAGACUGCCGGCCUGGAGUUCAUACACUCUCUCGCCUUCCGAGAAGACAUUCAAGCCAUACAAGUUGCAACUCAGGGCAACUUCUAUGCCACUUGCUCGUUUGCCGCGGCCAUCAAGUACACCGAGUUUGCAUGCCACCUGAGUAUCAUGCCCCAGUCUCUUCGCAUUAGAUACCAGCCAUCGGAAAACUCAAUGAUGAUCGACAUUCCUACAAUACAUUCUCUCGAACUCUUGCAGAAUCUUCAAAAUCCAAAGUCUAAAUGUUGUCUAUUCGGGCUGCUGAACGAGACAUUGACACCAAUGGGGUCUCGUAUGCUCCGAAGUAAUAUAUUGCAACCGUCAACUCAGGUCGAGCAUACACUCACCCCUCGGCUCGAUGCACUCGAUGAAAUGACGGUGAAAGAAGACAUGUUCUUCGAUAUCAGGAAAGCUCUCAAGGCGUUCACCGAUGCCGAAAAGCUUCUCACAACGCUCGUCAUUGUGCCACAAGGAGCUUCAAUAUACGAGUCGGAACAAUCUAUUAACCACGUUUUGAAGGUCAAGGCCUUCGUAAACGCCGUUUCUCCACUGUACGAUGCUCUUGGAUCUGCUCGCUCUGAGCUCCUCCAAAGAGUCCGCGAUACCUGCAGGCCUGAGCUGAUCCAGCCCGUGCUUAACUUGAUUACUGAAACAAUCAACGACGAUGUUACCUACGUAGAUUCUCCACUCAACAUGCGACAUCAGCGGACCUACGCAGUAAAGUCGGGAAUAAAUGGUCUACUUGACGUGGCUCGUCAAAUCUACAAGGAGGGAACUGAUGAUGUACAUUCUCUUGUGGAGGAGCUUAACAGCCAAUUCGAUAUGUCAGCCGAAAUUCGAUAUGAUCAGAACCGAAAAUAUUGGCUUCGAUUGCGGCAAUGCGACAUGGAAGAUCGAGAUAUUCCAGAUGUUCUGAUCAAUCAGGUGAAAAGGGGCGUCUACAUCGAGUGUCAGACGCUCGGUCUCAUCCAACUCAACACGCGUAUCACAGACUCUCAUAACGAAGCUGUGAUGCUAAGCGACAGAGUCGUGCAUGAAUUGCUAGAUGGAAUCAGAGGACAUAUUGCCAACCUUUUUCGAGUCUGUGAGGGCAUCUCCCUGUUAGAUAUGCUCACUGCGUUUGCGCAUUCCAUAACUUCGAGGGAUUACAGUCGACCCGAAUUUGGACAUACCAUGGCGCUCCAGGCAGCACGACACCCUAUAUGCGACACGAUACAGCAGAGAUUUGUCCCCAACGACGUCUUUGCAAGUGAACAGCAUCGUUUCCAGAUUAUUACAGGUUGCAACAUGAGCGGGAAGAGCACAUAUAUCAGGAUGAUCUCCCUGUUGCAGAUCAUGGCUCAAAUUGGCUGUUUUGUUCCUGCCGAAUAUGCAUCUUUCCCUAUAAUCCAACAGUUGUUUGUGCGAAUGUCGACAGACGACAGUAUUGAGGCAAAUAUGUCAACUUUCUCAGCCGAGAUGAGAGAAAUGGCAUUCAUUCUGAGAAACAUCGAUGAGAAAAGCUUAGUGAUAAUUGAUGAGCUCGGCCGUGGGACUAGUACUAGAGAUGGACUUGCUAUUGCUCUAGCAAUUUCCGAGGCACUCAUCCAGAGUGGCUCUCUCGUUUGGUUCGCCACCCAUUUCAGCCAGUUAGCAAAGGUGCUUGGAAGUCGUCCUGGCGUUUUGAACCUUCAUCUCACCACUGAAAUUUCUCAAGGCGGAAAUGAGGAAUGCCCGACGAUGACAAUGCUGUACAAAAUCACUUCGGGGGAAAAUCGCCAAGCCCACUAUGGUCUGAACCUAGCCAAAGUCAUUGGUUUUCCCGACGAGUUCAUCGAAAAUGCCGAACUUGUAUCCAAGAAGCUCAAGGAACAGAUUGAGCAGAAACGAAGAAGCUCUCGCCACCAUAAACUCACACAACGAAGGAGGCUUUUACUGAAUCUGCAUGAGACCCUCAAGCAGAUGCACGAGUCGGAUAUGGACGAUGCUGCUCUUGGAAGUUACAUGAAAAGAUUGCAAGACGAGUUCGUUGUGCGAAUGGACGAGAUCGAGAACGGCGGCCAGGCGGAGGAAGAAAGCGAGUUGGAUGCUGACGGAAUGGCCAACGAUGAUUGA